AUGGGCCGGGUGGGUGGAGUCCAAUGCCUCUGGGCCAAUCGCGAGAGAGGAGCUGUUUUUUUACAGACAGGACUCGCAGCCAAUCAGCGGGGGGCAGGGCGUACCAGGCCGCCUCUGUGCGGUGGGCCGGGUUCUGCUGCCAGAGUUUUGGGGAUAAUGUUAAACACAGCUGUUUUUUUUAUCCCCCUGAACGACUUCUCGACUCAUGGCAGAAUGCAGAGAACCUAUGAGUGAUUUAAAAAAAACCCAAAAAACCCAAGAAGAUCUGUGGGGGUUGAAUUGACCCACAGGGUGUCAUCGGUGAGAUUCGUGUUUCUCUUCCAGUAUCUGAUGAGGUAAUGUCUCGGAAAUGUUUUGAGGGUAUUUGCAGGCGGCAGCUCUUCUUUCUAGGCCACACUCGCUUUGUUUAAACUUCAACCUCAGCAUGGUCCCGCUGGCGGCGGAGACCCGGUGGCUGCUGGCCGCCUCCUCCUCCUCCUCCUCCUCCUCCUCCUCCCGCUGCAGCUGAAGGAUCCGGACCGUGCACCAAGUUGGUGGGAAAGGAAAGGAAAGCCAUGAGGACGGAGGAGCGGAGGAGCCACUCUCUUACAGGAAGCCAGGGGCUGUUGUGCAGUGCGGGGCGGCUCCAACCCCCCCGGAAAAAAGUCUGUGUGUAAGUGACAAGUCUCUGGAGUGUUUGUCUGCGAGGAGAGAGAGAGAGAGAGAGAGAGAGAGAGAGAGUGAGAGUCUGAGGUCCGACCGGCGGUGGGACUCCCCUCACUUCCGCGCUGCUGGGGAAAAGGGAAAGAGAAAAGACAAAGUCUUUGGAGAGGUCGUGGUUCCGGACGGGCCUGCAGCGGAGGAACCUCGCACCCGCCGCCGCCGCCGUGAGUCUCAGCCUCGGCCAAUGACCGCGGAGAAAGUCGACAAAGAAGCUCCUCCGACUCCAUGGCCCCUCGAGAGCGGCGCUGCUGACGCGCGCCAGCGCAAUUACGCACGGACACGUUUAGCCCACAGACGCACACACACACACACACAGACACACACACACACACAGACACACACACACACACACAGACACACACACACACGCAGACAGACGCGCGCCCCUUUGUUGUGAAGUUCACGCUCAGCUCUGAGAAGUUUUCGUCUCUGCUGGAUGUAUGAGGAUGGUGGAGAGCCGCAGCUGUGUCCAGAGGGAGGGGGUGUACCGCUGGUUCUCCUCCCUCACCUCGGCGCAGCGGGCCGAGUUCCUGUGCGGGCUGCUCGACCUGUGCGUGCCCGUGGAGCUGCGCUUCCUCGGCGCGUGCCUGGAGGACCUGGCGCGCAAGGACUACCACUCGCUGCGGGACGCGGAGAUCAAGGCCAACAACCCCGCCGACCUGUCGGGCCUCGCCAACCUCACCGACGAGGUGGUGCGCAGCAAGCUGCUGGUGUCCCUGGCGCUGCUCGGCUCGGACAACCGCGAGGCGGCGGGCGUCCUGCACCGGACGCUGACGCACACGGACGCGGUGAUCAACAACUACGGGCUGGCGCUGAACGACGGCAGGACGGAGGAGCAGCUGCUGCUGCUGUUCACCAUGGCCUCCAACCACCCGGCCUUCAGCUUCCACCAGAAGCAGGUGCUGAGGCAGCAGCUCGGCCAGAUCCAGGACAUCCUGCAGAGCCAGACCAGAGACGCCGGCGCGGCGCCAGCGCCGGGGUCAGGGGUCGCGACAGGACGGGGAGACCGAGCGGUCGGCCGAGUCGACCUCACCCCUCCUCUCCAGGACCUCCCUCCUCCUCCUCCUCCUCCUCCUCCUCCUCCUCCUCCUCACCUGCCUCUCUCUCUACCUGCUGGACAAGGCCUGGACGCAGCGGCACCAACAAAUAAACACCCGGGGAAAGCAGGAAAAGCGGCGAUUGAGCGGGUGGUGCUGAGAGGAGUGACGCACAGUCCCGAGGACGCCGGCGAAUACGCGUUCGAGGUGAGCUGGUCAGACGGUUUUGUGUUGUCCGUUGUCCGAAGUCAGCAGGAGGUGACGGAGCUGCUGUCCCAGCUGUCUCAAGCAUUUCCUGAUGAAGGAGUGGAGAAGUUCCUCCCUCAGUCCACAGAGCCGGACCCCAGGUGUCCCACGGCGCUGCCCGGCCACGUCCUGCAGCACCACAGCGUCCAGCUGUUCUUCACCUCCGCCAGGCCUCUCUCCCCCGCGCGUCGCUCCUCCCUUCCUCCAUCACCUUCCUCCCCUCCCACAGCUCCCGUCGCCCCGACCUGCCCGUUCGCCUCCAGCUCGAAUCUGGGCUGUAUGGUUCAGUACAGAGGAGCCAACAGGGCCGUGUACAGGGUGGCCAGCGUCCAGCCCGUCGUCAGCACCCACAGCUCCGUGGUGACCCGCGCCGCCGCACCUCACCUCUCCUCCUCCGUCCCCCCUCCCCAGCUCUCCUCCCACCCCCUCGCCGCCGCCGGGCCGUCCCUGCCCAGCCCGGGCUCCAUGGCGGGCGGAGGUGGAGGCGACGGCUCCUCCCAGCCCCAUCCCCAACACGCGCACUCGUCGUACGGCCAGCACCACCUUCACCCGCAGGCCGGCGGUCAGCCCCAGUCCCUCCAGCUGCCCCAUUCCCCGUCCCUCUCGUUCUCCCUGUCCCGUGCCCCGUCCCUCGCCCAGCCGCCGCCGCCGCCGCCCCAGUCUCAGCCCGGCGCUCCGGAGCAGAACGGCAUCCUGGACUGGCUGCGCAAGCUGCGGCUGCACAAGUACUACCCGGUGUUCAAACAGCUCACCAUGGAGGAGUUUCUGGCGCUGACAGACGAGGACCUGAACAAGUACGACUUGACCCAGGGAGCGAAGAAGAAGCUCAAGACGCAGCUGGAGCUGCAGAACAGAGAGAUGAAGAUGGAGAAGCGGUCCUGCGGCGGCAUCGCCAGGGUAACGCCCUCCAGUCACAUGGGACCCUCGACACACUCCAGCUCCACCGCAGCGGAGCGGAGCGUGGAGUCGGAGGCGGCGCCGCACCAUCACCCCGUCUCCGCGGACAGCAGCUCGUCGUCGGGCUACUCCAGCUCGUCCUGCUCCCCUCGGACGCCGCUGUGCUGCGACUCCGCCUUCGACCGGAGCAGAGACGUCCACAGGCGCGUGUCGGGUCCAGACGCCGCCGGCGGGCCUCCGGACAAGGACCGGUCCUGCCUCUUCAUCCUGAACUCCGGCUGCCCCUCGGGCUCCGGCCGUCCCACGGCCCAGGUCCUGCCCGUCCAGACCGACACGCCCCCCCCUCCUCCUCCCUCUCUCCCUCCCUCCUGCUCCUCUCACCUGCCCUUCGGCCUCCCACCGUCUCCCUUCCACCACCCGCAGGCCAGCUUCCCCCAGGCGUUACUGUCGCCCGCCUCGAGCAACCCGGCGCGGAUCCUGAUGACGUCGCCGCGAAAGCCCCGCCCCCCUCCGCUGUGCGCGGACGACAGGACUAAGCCGCUGGGCUUCGGCCCGGCGCUCGGCGUGGGGAUGGGGGCGAGGCUGGAGAACCUGUUCCCCUCCGCGCUCCAGGACUCGGCGGCGUGCCGGGGCCCGGCGGCGGGCGCCGUGGGUCCGCUGGUGGAAACCAGUUCUGCUCUGACCUCCACCUCCAACAGCCUCCACCACGUGUCCCACCCCCCGCUCCACUUCCACCUCUCGUCCUCUUCAUCCCCCUCUCCCUCUGGAUACUACUCUUAUCCUCCUACUUCCUCCUCCUCCUCCUCCUUCUCCUCUUUCUCCUCCUCCUCCUCUUUCUCCUCCCCGUCUCCCUCCACGAAAUCCGGGAGCUGCGGCGGUGGCUUUGUUUCCAUGGCAACCGGCAGCAGUGUUCCCGUGGCCGCGGUGCCCGGCAACGCGUACUACCCUCCGCAGCCGACCUCCAGCCCCUCCACGUCCCCGUCGUCCGGCUCCUCGCUGGACCACGGCUCAGGUCACGCGCCCUCCGCGUGCGUGUGCAGCUCCUGCGGUUGCCGGGGGAACUGCGGCGCCUACGGAGCGUUGUCCGGAUACGCCGCGGCCGGCUACCUGCAGCCGUUCUCCGCCGGCCCCUCCCUCUUCACCCUGGGCCCCCUGCUCCACCUCAGCCCCCUGUUGGCCUCGCCCGGCGCCGCCGGCGGCACCGGAUCCUCGCCCUUCUCCUUCCCGAUGAUGAUGCCGCCGCCGCUCUACCGCCACGGCCCUGCGCCACACGACCAGCAGCAGGGCCUCGGCUUCUACCAGCCCCACGGCUUCAUGGGAAACGGAGGGCAGAAGCGGGCGGCGGGCGGCCUGUCCUGCUACAACUGCGGCGCCAAUGGCCACCGAGCAGAGGACUGCAAGCAGCCGCCCAUGGACUCGGCUCAGCAGGGGACGUUCCGGCUGAAGUACACUCCUCCCUCUGACAGCAAGGACUCGGGGGACUGACCAGCAGGAAACACGGGUCGGACCAGGACCCGUCCCGGUUCCCGACACACUGUUCACAACCGUACCUCAUUGUUCCCGCCUGAGGCGCUCAGCGACCGCAGGCUGCCGACUGACGGCGGCGACGUCUUUUUGCCCUUUUUGAAUUCUCCCGCAGCGGAUAAAAGAGGGACGAGACGAGACGAGGACGGAACCUCUGCCGUCGGAUUGCGUCUCAUCCCUCCUCGGAUACGAACCCGAGUCCCGAGGUGGGAGGUGGGAUUUACCCUCUCUGCCACCGCUUCCAGUUCGGAGACUGAACCCGGAGGAAACUCUGUUAACAGACAAUCAGCCGCGUCGCCAUCGGAGUCUCGCAGCUAAAACGACGGAGCGUUUCUCACCACCGCACAUUUUCAACCUCUUCAUAAACCAUAAAAACACAGAGCGACGGGGGCGGGACACCUUGGAAUGUCCCAAUGUUUCACCUUUGACUGAAUCUGCCGCUGAAGAACUUUGUUGAACUCUGUAAAUCCCGUGAUCUGGUUAUGGAAGGAGAGAAUCCGCCCGCAAGGGCUGCGUAACAAAUCCGAACCACACACUUAUUAUAUAUAGUGUAUUUCAAAAAAAAUGUUCAGGGUUGUUUGCAGCUAGUAAACAAGAAGGCAACACACCUACUUGUUUUAUACCAACAGGGAAGGAUUCCCUGUGCACGAUGGAGGGAUGCAUUCAAACAUGCCACCGCCCCUUUAAAUUUACACAAACAAGCAAAAGGGUUUUUUAAAUUUUUUUUUAGAUGCAGCCAAUAAUUGUGCAGCUUGUCUCACUGUGGGACAAUAACGUCCAUCUGCUCUUCGUUCCUCCUCAAAGAUCGAGUUUUAAAAGGAGAGCGACCAACUUUAACUGCUCAGUGUUUUGGGGCCGAGGGUUCGCAGCUGGGUCGCGUGCAAUUCUCUUUCUCCGUCGUGUUUGUUUGUCUCACCUCAAGGAUCCACACACAACCUUUUUCUUUUUCUUUGUCCUUAGUUUGUUUGCAUUGAGACGCCACCCAGAGCCGACUGCAGCCUGGUGCAGAGGACUUUGAGAAGGACGUGAGGUUCCCUGCCUCAAAGUCUCGACUGGCCAGACGUCGCACCGGGGUCAAAGGUGAACGCCGUUGCCCCCCCAAAGUCCACCGUGUCCGACUUCAGUGUUCCCAACGGGACCACGGGAGUUCGAUGCUCGGCGUCCUCUCUGUGCCGCCGCUUCACCUUGUUGUUAUUUUUCAUCGUAACGUCUUUACCAAUGAUCAACAAGCGUGGCGGGGAUGGUUGAGGAUCAUCAGAACGGGCGACGGGAAACUUCUCUGGGGGUCGAUUUACAGAAAGACUCUCAGUGGGAGGUUUGACGCGACGAGUCGGGCAUCAGUGUUUAGUUUGUGUUUUUCUUCCGUGUCUCGUUCGAGGCGGAUGAACAUUUCUACAAUCUUUCUUUCAGACAAUCAGUUGGGUUUUUUUUUUUGCGACGUUGAGCUGAGCUGAACUUCUGCCGCCUCUUUUUUUUUUGGGGGGGGGGGGGGGG